CACGUGACUCCGGUCUGUAUUUCGCAGUGUGAGUGAAUGAAUUAAAGUCGCUCAGAGCUGUUGAAGCCCGACACGGAGCAGGUCACACAGGUGGUGUUCAGCAUGAAUUUUCUCCUGGAGACUCUGCGUGUGCUGGUUCUGUCUGUCUACUACUUCCUGGAAGCGUUCCUGAAGUUCUUGCUGCCGGUGGGGAAGAAGAGCGUGGCCGGAGAGACGGUGCUGAUCACAGGGGCGGGAGGCGGCAUCGGACGCAUCUUGGCUAUUGAGUUCGCCAGCAUGGAUGUCACGCUGGUGCUGUGGGACAUCAACCUGGACGGGGUGAAGGAGACGGCUCGGCAGGUGAAGGAGAAGGGCGCUCGGACCGUGCACUACUAUCGGACCGACUGCAGCGACCGGGCCGAGGUGUACCGAGUGGCCGAGCAGGUCAGACAGGAAGUCGGAGACAUCACAAUCCUCGUAAACAACGCUGGCAUCGUCACCGGCAAGAAGUUCAUGGAUUCUCCAGACUCCCUGAUCGAGAAAACGCUCCAAGUCAACACCAUGGCUCACUUCUGGACGUAUAAAGCUUUCCUUCCAGCGAUGAUGGAGAAAAACCACGGCCACCUGGUCUGCGUCUCCAGUUCUGCAGGACUGAUCGGUGUUAAUGGUCUCGCAGAUUAUUGCGCGAGUAAAUUCGCUGCUGUCGGUUUCGCCGAGUCCGUGGCCCUGGAGCUCAUAGCUUCAGGAAAAUACGGCAUCAAGACGACGAUAGUGUGUCCGUAUUUCAUCAACACGGGGAUGUUCGACGGCUGUGGAACAAAAUGGCCGCGUUUGCUUCCCAUUCUGGAACCUGAGUACGUCGCAAAGAAGAUUGUGAACGCCAUUCUGAUGGAUCAGACCUACCUUUUAAUGCCAAGGAGCAUGUACUUUCUAAUGUUUUUGAAAAGUUUCCUGCCAUUUAAAGAAUCCACGAUCCUGGGCAUGUACUUUGGAGCCUUCAACUUCAUGGACACUUUCAAAGGAAGACUAAAGAAAGUGAAUUAAUCAGAGUUGAAUUUGUGUGAUUUCGACAGCGUUAUAUUUCUUAUUUUAAGAAGACGGCAUUCGAAGAACGAAUGAAUGAAUACAUGACGACUUUCAGGUUUUAUCAUGUGACCAACGGGACAGAUGUUGAGUGUGAUCCAGGGGUGCCUUAUUUACUUUUUAUUCAUGUUUACGUAUUACACCGUCACAGUGACGAUACCAUUCACUUGAAGCACGCUUUUUAAUUUGUUAGGCGUUCCUGAGCGUUAACGUGUAGCAUCAAAUCCAUUUCAGCAUUAAUACGCUGCUGUACUGUGUUCCAGCAGGGUUGUGAAGUUCGUUCGUUUGUUUAAGGUUAGGAAUACUGCACUGACUUUGUUUGGGACGGACACACCCACAAUAUCUGAUUAAAUAUCUCAUUAACUAAGCAUCUCUUUAGCGGCCUGUGAAAGGAAACGCUUGCUGUGACCAGGUUGCUGUAUUGUGUGUAGGGGAGAGUGGGGUCAGUUGUAACCUUUCUUUCUAUUCUUCCACUCAGCAAGCAGCUUUCAGAUUUUGAGGUACGAAGGAAAAUGUUCUGAAUUGUGUUAAUUCCGUAUGCAGAUGAAACCAUAAUGGAACAGUUUUGUUUGUUGACAACACUAAGCUGGUUAAUUAGAAUAUCGUAAGCUAUUUCAAGAUGGCUGUGUGCGCGCGUGCAUGUGCACACAUUUAAAAAAUAAAGUUGUACAAAAGAGAGCUGUGUCUCAUACAAGCAUUGUAGAUCUACCCAAGACUACUUUAUCGCACUAUAAUUUGAUAUAUAUGAUAUUACAGGGCUGUGUGAAGAGAUGAAGUUCAUCUUCGAGUGGUGAACACAUUCACCAGUGAUGCAUUUUUCAACAGAAGAAGAUAAACUUCAUAUCUUUGCUCCACCAUGUAAUGUUCUUUAUAUUAUAUGGACACAUCCGCAAAAAAAAAAAAAAUUACACAAGUUAAUCAAAAGAAUUUUAAUUUUGAACCGGUUUGCCGUUUUGACAGUGCGCGUCUAGUCAGCGGGAAAACACUGGGAGUGACAUCAUCGGAGUGAAAUAGUUUGUGAACCCUUUAGAAUUUUCUAUAUUUCUGCAUAAAUA